AACGGGGGCGUUGCUGGGGGUCGUUGCCAGGCUCGAGCUCGACCCAGUUUGAAAGUGAACCAAAGUCUCCAGUCGCUGCUUCAGCCACCAAACAACAACAAGACCCGAGAACCCCCAAAACCCGAGAACACGACCCAAAUUCUGCUUCAUCCUGUAGCCGGCCCUCCUAACGAGCCGCCAGUAUGAUGCGUAAAGACGUCAACAAGCCGAAGGGAAAGACGUCGGCGUACGCCUUCUUUGUGCAGACGUGUAGAGAGGAACACCGGAAGAAGAACCCUGAGCAGUCGGUCAACUUCGCCGAGUUCUCCAAGAAAUGCUCCGAGAGAUGGAAGGGUCUGACCGCCAACGAUAAGAAAUGUUUCGAGGACAUGGCGAAGGCCGACAAGGUGCGUUACAACCGCGACAUGCGAGACUACGUCCCACCCAAAGGCUUCGGGAAGAGGGGCCGCAAGAGGAAAGACCCCAACGCGCCCAAAAGACCCCCGUCUGCGUUCUUCGUGUUCUGCAGCGAGUACCGCCCCAGUGUGAAGCAGCAGUACCCCGGGCUCUCUAUAGGAGACUGUGCCAAGAAGCUCGGAGAGAUGUGGAGCAAACAGACUCAGUCCGACAAGGUGCCCUACGAGGAGAAGGCCCAGAAACUACGGGAGAAAUACGACCGGGACAUGGUGGCAUACCGCGGCGGCGGCACCACGUACGCCAGGAACCCCGGCUCUUCAGCUCAGGGAGGAGCGGAGGAGGAGGAGGAGGGCGAGGACGAAGAUGAGGAGGAGGACGACGACGAGUAAAGAGACGGAGAGUGAGACGGGCAGGUGUGUGUGUUUCAGAGGGCAGACAGACAGGUGAGGAAGUUGAGGUUAGAGUACAUAUCCAGGUCACGCCGCUUAGUUUCCUUUACUCCGGUUCGUGAGAGGCGGAGACGCCCAGAGACCGAAGCUUUGACGCUUUAAUCAGAAUGAACGUUACACACACAACUCAACAACAGUCGGUGACGUUUUGGCACUUAUUCCAGUCUCUCGCUUUAACUGUCAGUAACCAGGAUGUAGUUUUGAAGUCCCUUUUUAUGCAGACAGACAGGCAGAGAGAGAGAGACGGGUCGCUCUGAAACACACACACGGGACCUCUCUCUGUGUGUGUGUGUGUGUGUGUGUGUGUGUGUGUGUGUGUGUGUGCGAGAGAGAGAGAGAGAGGUCAUCAGAUGUUAAACUGUCCCACACCAGAGGACAGACCCCCCCCCCCCCCCUCACAGUCACCAUGGUUACCCCCCCCCCCCCCCCUGUGUGUUACCAUGGAUACCCCCGGCCCUCUUCUUCUUCUUCAUGUUUUUUAUUUCUGUUCCUUGUUCACUGUCAGUGCAGAAACUUCACUUUUAUAAUAAAACGACCAACUGAGGGAAAACACA